AACCCUGAUCCAAUAAACUUGGGUACGACAUCAGGUUAGAUAGAUGUAGGUCUUUUGAUAUCGUCUACAGUAUAGUAGACUGAAUUCAUAACUGCAACCAUUUAACAAAAUAUUUAUCAACAUCACGGGACCUUUGGGUUUCUCACAGUGAUAUAAGACCGCCAUUCUGUAGCCAUGACCAAAUGUACACCUACAUUUGUAUCUUUCAUCUGAAACCUCCCAAACCUCAGUAUUUUCCCACAGUAGAGAAGUAACGUUAACUUUAACUUUAAUAAAUGUUUGACUUGGCCCAGCUUCAAGUUAGGGAGCGUAUAUUACUCCAGUUAACUUAGGGCUGUGCUGUUGUUAAACCAGCAGAUGUCAGCAGAGAGCCUUCCUCUCACUCUCCUCUCUGCUGCUCAGCGCAUCAUCAUCUCUCCUUAGUCACAGUCAUGAAAUGUGGCUGAAUGCCAUUGAGCCACAACUCUUUGCUCUACCUCCUCAUCACAUCUGGCAAACAAAGCAGAGGCAACAUGGAAAUCUACAAACGGUGAGUAACUCUCUCCUUUUCCCACUUUUUUUAGGCUACUAUAUAUCAUCUUGGGCCUUGACUCACUUUUGCAUUAAACAUGUGUGCUGUGUUUUGAGUACAUCAUAUAAACUACAUUUUCUUCCCGCUUUUCAGUGAUCCUACAUUCAUAGGAUGUGUAAAGGUCAAAACAAUUUAGCCAAAUUCCCCCAAAAUUCAACCUGACAUUUCGUUCUGUUGAACUUGAAUGUUAAAAUUAUAAAAGUAUGUUUUUCCCAGAGAAUGACGAUGUUUUCUAUUGGUUAACAUGUCCUUGUACUGUAUUUAUUGAUUAAUGGCAUAUGAUGACAGCCUUCCACUAUCCAAAGCUGAUUGGAUAGUGAAUGGCAUAGAUUCAUAACUUCAUUAUCGAAGAAGAAUUUAUAAGCUGACUGAUAUUCAAAUCUGCAGAAUUUUAUCACAGUCAAUCCUCCUCAUCACUCUAGCUGAAUAUGUGCAGUGAUAACAUCCACUCAGAUUAAUCUAAUGAAAGAACUGGAUCAACCACUUUUUUCUGUGUUUAUGAAUUUGUAUUGACUGAAAAACUUUUUGCGUGCUCUUAUUCUGCCUCCUCUCUUCACUUUUCGGCAACAUGCUCCCACUUCCAGUGACGGAGGACAAAACGCACAGUUCUCCCUCUGGAAAGAAAUGUGUGUAAAGGCUACAGAACAUCUGAAGUGAACAUGACGCCUUCAGUCAGACCACACAUGGUCUUCUCAGACUGUAAACUUUGGAAAAUCCCCACCUGCUUUGUUUAAAUCAAGCUCCUGAGGCUUCGUGUUUACUGAAAUAUACCAAAGCACCAUGUGGCCAUGUGACUAGCAGCUUUACAACUCACUGCUGGCCUGCUGCUAUAAUGGAAACUGUAUCUGUGCUGCAUUAAUCAUUUCACCCUCUCCACUGCGACUGUUGGGUAACAAUUGCUCCAUCCCCCUUGCUUGUCUCCGUGGGAGGGAACCUGAUAGCGUCUCAGCAUCCAGUCCAUGGAGGCGACUUCCUGCCCAGCAGAAAUUUACGAGGUUCCUCUGAGAGUUGCAGAGGUAUUUCUGGAGCCUGUUGGCCCAUUGGUCUGAAGUUUCUCCACUACCAUAAAGAGGGCUGACUUUUCUGCUGAGUGGGCACUUCGCACCCUAUAUACCCUGUUUAUUCUUUACUGUAUGGGACUUGGCAGCGUGUCUGUCCCUUCUUCUUCACCUUCCUCGUCACGCUCAGUAGGUGAGAGUCUCUCCUGCCACUUCUUUUCACUCUGGCAGCAAACAAUACAGGGAGUCACACUGAGGGAUUGGAGUUUGGUUUAUUCCACAGAUUAUUAAAGGUGGUGCUGCAUGUUUGACCUUUGACCUCUGAAGCUGCAUUCAGAGGUUUGGAGGUAGAAACAGUAGCUGAGAUUAACUGUACUGGUUGAAGGACACUGAAGGGCAUUUAGCUCAGGCACGUUGACGUUUUAUUCAAACCUUAAGUGAAACUGAUGCAAAUGUUUAAUUUUGAAGGGGUCUUAGUGCAAGAUCAUGGCCUUUGGAUGUGUUUGUGUGUCUUGCAUUGUGUUGACACUGAAAUGUUGAGGUUUGGUAUUUAAAGUAAGAAGUGCAUGAUAGAUCAUCCCGCUUAAUUUUUGAACACAUAAAAAUCGAUCAAAUGAAUUUUCAUAUAUUAUAUUGCUUUUCUCUGUUCAGUCUUUCAAUUCUUGUUACUUUUUUGAAAUUCCCCUUUUUAUAACGAAGAUUUUGAAAGCACUUUUGAAAUCAUGGAAUACCUAUCCAGAGUGGUGGAAGGGAACCAGUUCUGAUAAUAAUAAUUCAGAAUCUUUUUAUACAUCUUUAUAUCUUAUCAUUAUCAUUAUUUGUGGGGAAACUGACCAGUUUCAAGCCUCAAAGCCUCUGCAUUAUUCGUGUCCGACUCUUCACAUUAGGAUCUUAACAGUUUCUGCACACGCCCCCCGGCGCCGGCAUGCCUGCAAGAUGUUGGAGUUGGUGUUAACAGCUCUCACUACGUGCUUUACGCUGCAUUUGGUUGCACUGUUGGUGGCAUUUCGUGCUCAGUUCUUUGGCUCGCCGUAAGAAGUUAAAUUCCAAGCAGAAUGUCUUCAGAGGAGCCAACUGUUCGGCUCCAGGGCCACGGCAUCUGACCCCGCCCAUCCAAAUUUAGCCAGUUUGUGGACACCGGCAGCCGGUUUUCCAUGAUAGUAAAGUGGAUCACGUUACCUGCUGGAGGUCAAAGGGUCAUUGAUGGAUAACAUGGGGGCAACAAGACUUGUCCAGUCCAGUCAGUGUGUUAUAUAGAACCUGUCUGCUUGUGUUUAACUGAGUGUUUUCUGUCUCUGAACAGGGUGUAAAGAUCACAAGCAGCCAACAUGUCUGAUGUAAAGAAGAUGACGUCCAGCCGCAGGCAUCACCUGAAGAGUCUGAUGCUGCAGAUUGCUGCCACCUGGAUCGAGCAGGAGAAGAAGGAUGCUGUGGAGACAAAGGAGGCCUACAUGGCAGAGACAUGUCCCGCCCCUGAUCUCAACCAAGACCAGGCAGCCCUCAUGGAAUUGUGCAAAAAGAUCCACCAGUUCAUUGACAAGAUUGACGAGGCGAGGUACGACGCCGAGUCCAAAGUGCAGAAGGCCGACAAGGAGAUCGAGGAGCUGAAGCUGAAGGUGGUGGAGCUGGCCGGAGUGAAGAAACCCGCCUUGAAGAAGGUGCGUAUGUCUGCUGACGCCAUGCUGCAGGCUCUGCUGGGAGGAAAACACAAGGUGACCAUGGACCUGAGGGCCAACCUGAAGCAGGUCAAGAAGGAGGUCAAAGAGGAGUCAACAGAGGCAGUCGGUGACUGGCGUAAAAACAUUGAAGAUAAAGCCGACAGGAAGAAGAUGUUCGAGACUUCCUAAAUCCUGGACUGGAGAUGACGACGGCAGGGGAGACGUUUCUGUCCAAGGCCUUAGAGACGGAAUGUAUGUGUCCCUGAGUCCAAGCAGGACACACCGGGACAAGAAUUUAGACACUUCCAUUCUUUUCUUUUCUUUUUUUUUUUUUUUUUGUGAUACGGUCACUCCCACAGAAACUGAACUCAACCAAAGUAACAGUCACAAGAUCUGACAGAGACACAUCAGUUCAAAAUGUACAAGUUUUCACUGAGUCAUCAGAAAUAAAUGUUUUGAAAUAA